CGCGGCCACUGGAGGCGACACUGAUGCUGCUCGGCAUCUUGCCGGAGGAGAAUAAUAACUCGCUGAGCUGCCUGGUGGAGAAUCAGGGCGGGCCCGACAUAGCCUCACUCAAUCUCAACGUGUUGUACAAGCCGGAGAUCGUGAACCUGACGGACGCGGUCAGUCACCACAACUGGUGUUUCCUGUUUGAGGUCCGGGGGAACCCUCGCCCCAGCACCCGCUGGCUCCACAACGGCCUGGAGCUGCCGGACGGGCCCAUCAGCUGGACAACCAUCUACGAUGUCACCUCCGACUCCAUCCACGGCUGCCGGGAGCUCGACAGCCCGACUCACUGUAACAACGGCAAUUACACCUUGAUCGCCAGCAGCGCUCUCGGUACCGCCCGCCGCUCCGCUAGUGGUCACUUCAUGGAGGGACCUCAGGACAUCUGCCUGUCCGAGCCCACUCCUCCUGCGAGAGAGAGUUCCACGGCGACCACAGUGACCGCGGAACACGGAGACUCCGUGACGGGGUUGAGUAUGUGGGUGCGAAUGGCUCUCGGCGCCGUGGCUCCGCUGCUGCUGUUGACUGUGGCGAUGAUCGUCGCUCACCGUUGCCGCAGGAGCACGAAGUUGCUCCACUCCAGGGAGGUGAAGAUGUUGGCGGCGGAGGAGGAGUCUGGAGUCUCGCUGCAUUUCCUGAACCUGGGGGUCAGCGCAAGCCCCCUGCCCGGCACCAACCCCGACCUCACCAAGACCAUCCAGAACCCGCAGUAUUUCUGGGAACCGCGCUCCCUCCUCCGGGGAGGAGACAACCCAGCCGUGCAGCACAUUGAACGAGGCGACAUCACCCUGAAAUGUGAACUCGGCGAAGGGCCUUUCGGCAAAGUCUUCCUGGCCGAGUGGGACUGCGAUGGUGACGAACAGAGUCGCCUCCUGGUGGCGGUCAAGGCCCUGAAGGAAGUGACGGAGAGCGGGCGAACGGACUUCCAGCGAGAGGCCGAGUUGUUGACGGUCCUCCAACACGAGCAUGUGGUCAGCCUACACGGCGUGUGCACGCGCGGCGCGCCGCUGCUGAUGGUCUUCGAGUACAUGAAGCACGGAGACCUCAACCGCUUCCUGCGGGAACGCGGGCGGGAGGGAGGCGUGGGACCGGUGGGUGGGCUGGGCUGGUGGGCAGGUGGACAGGUGGACAGGUGGGCAGAUACUCUGUGUGUGGCUCUCGGCCCAUCCCCCGGGGGAAUUGAACGUGAGCGCUGGGCUCGGAGCCAGGCCCGGUGUGAGGCUGACUGCCCAGGCCGCAUUAAGGCCGGGAUCCAUCACACGGCGCCCGCCCGGCAACAAACAAACAAACCGCAACAAGACACAGGACAAGAGACCAACAACAGCAUAGACACAAACGCUGCAAUAAAUCCAUGUACAGCAAGAUGUACAACAGAUACAGAUAUAACUACAGCAACAACAGCAGACCCAGCUAUAAAGUACAAAGAGAAAUAUAACAGCAGCAACGGCAAAUAUAGCAGCGUUUGA